UCAGAUAACACAUUCUGGAGACAACUCCCAUUGUAGCAAGCAUAAAAGAGCUGUGGUGGGGGAGCAGAGACAUUCCUGCUGCAGAAUCACCGACCCUGGGAGCCUAGGAUUCAGUCAAGUCCUUGCUGUUUCUUACCAUGGCCAGCUACAGCUUCAGGCAAUUUUCCUCUUCAGUGGCAGGGGGACCUGGCAUCUCCUCUACCCGGUUCGGAGGCUCCUUCAGGGCCCCCAGCAUCCACGGGGGCUCUGGAGGCCGUGGUGUGUCAGUCUCUUCUGCUCGGUUUGUCUCUUCUGGCCUAGGAAGCAGCUUGGGAGGGGGAUAUGGAAGCAGUUUCAGCAGCAGCUUUAGUGGUGGGUUUGGUGGAGGCCUGGCUGGUGGGGAUGGCCUCCUCUCGGGCAAUGAAAAGGCAACUAUGCAAAGCCUGAACGAGCGCCUCGCAUCCUACCUGGAGAAGGUGCGAGCUCUGGAAGAGGCAAACUCGGAUCUUGAAACUAAAAUCCGAGACUGGUACCAAAAACAAGGCCCAGGCCCAGCUCGGGACUACAGUGCUUAUUACAACACUAUUGAGGACCUUCGAGACAAGAUCCUUGAUGCCACUAUCGACAACGCAAGGAUGGUCCUGCAGAUUGACAAUGCCAGGCUGGCUGCUGAUGACUUCAAAACCAAGUUUGAGACGGAGCAGGCUCUGCGCAUGAGUGUGGAGGCCGACAUCAACGGCCUGCGCAGGGUCCUGGAUGAGCUGACCCUGGCCAGAGCUGACCUGGAGCUGCAGAUCGAGAACCUGAAGGAAGAGCUGGCCUACCUCAAGAAGAACCACGAGGAGGAAAUGAGUGCCCUGGGAGGGCAAAUAGGUGGCGAAGUCAGUGUUGAACUGGACUCUGCUCCAGGCAUGGACCUCUCCAAGAUCCUGGCUGACAUGAGAGACCAGUAUGAAGUCAUGGCUGAGAAGAACAGGAAGGAUGCUGAGGCCUGGUUCCACAGCAAGACUGAGGAGCUGAACCGGGAAGUCGCUAUCAACACUGAGCAACUUCAGAGCAGCCAGUCUGAAGUCACUGACCUGCGACGCACCCUCCAAGGGCUGGAGAUAGAACUUCAGUCCCAGCUCAGCAUGAAAGCGGCUCUGGAGAGCACCCUGGCAGACACAGAAGGGCGCUACAGUGCCCAGCUAGCGCAGAUCCAGGGCCUCAUUGGCACCGUGGAAGCGCAGCUGGCUGAGCUCCGAGGGGACAUGGAGCGCCAGAACAGCGAGUACAAGAUCCUCAUGGAUAUCAAGACUCGACUUGAGCAAGAGAUUGCUACUUACCGACAGCUCCUGGAAGGCCAAGAGUCCCAGAUGUUUGGCUCCUCUUCUGGAACUGCUGACAAAAGAGACAAGCUGGCAGACAGAAAACUGCUCUGAAAUCCUCCAGAUGUCACCCUCAAAGUGAGAAAAAGCAGACACCAGGGAACUGAAACGGAGGAAUCACUCUGCACUGCUGGAAAUUACUGUCUUAAAGCACAGAGAAUUCUUGGCCACACUGAGUUUUGAUAGAUUGAUCAAGUAGUGGUGAUUAGUUUGUGAUUUGGGUUAGCUUUUCAAUUAGUUCUAGAUCUUUCCUGUACUGAACUGCUGUAUCUACUCUAA